CCUCAUAUCGUCUCGGACAAAGAUGCAGCCAAACGUGCUGCCCGUGCUCUGCCGAUAAACCGCGAAUUAUCCGAAGAGAAGAGGACGAGAAGCGGUCAACAGGUGGUUCUUUUGCGGGCACUCUGCACUGUUGCGCACAGAGUUUCCACCGCGCACCGCCACGAUGCUGUUACCGUCCGGCACCCUGUUACUGCUGGCGGCUCUCUACUCAAGUGUAGACCUGACGGGGGCUGAGGGUUGUGGGACCUCGUGUGGAAAAUGCGACUGCAGUGGUGUGAAAGGAGCAAAGGGUGAGCGCGGAUUUCCAGGUCUUCAAGGUAAUAUGGGAUUCCCAGGAAUGCAGGGACCUGAAGGGCCUCCAGGGCCAAUGGGCUCCAAGGGAGAUGUGGGCGUACCUGGAGCUCCUGGACUGAAAGGCGUGCGGGGUCCUCCUGGUCGGGCAGGCUUCCCAGGAAACCCAGGACUACCAGGCAUCAAUGGAAACGAUGGCCCACAAGGUCUUCCAGGUAUCCCAGGAUGCAAUGGCACUAAAGGAGACAGAGGAAGGGAUGGUGCUUUUGGUAUUCCCGGUCUUCAAGGACCUCCUGGCAUCCCGGGAAUUCCUGGAAUGAAGGGUGACCCUGGUGGUGUGAUCGGAAUUGUUCCUCUGAAAGGAGACAGAGGAUUCCCCGGCACGCCUGGAUUACAUGGACCAAGUGGACCUCCUGGACCUAUCGGACCUCCAGGACCACGUGGCUAUCAAGGACCCAAAGGAGAUCCUGGCAUCCCCGGCCCCCCCGGAGAGAAGGGCGACAGGCUGGCCUUUGUGAGUGAGAAAGGAGAGAAGGGUGAUCAGGGAGUUCGUGGCCCACCUGGCCCUCCUGGAGGACCUCAGGGAGUGGAAGGCAAAACCACAAUAUACCUACCUGGACCACAGGGUGAAACAGGAUUUCGUGGUGACAAAGGAGAAAAAGGCUUUUGCAUCCCGCAUCUUCCUGGUAUCAAAGGUGAAGCUGGACCACCUGGGCAACGAGGUAAACCUGGCAAGGAUGGAGACGAUGGACUAAAGGGAGAAAAAGGUUUUACUGGAGCUCCUGGAUACCCUGGCUCCCAGGGUGAAAAGGGAGAAAAAGGACCACCAGGUCAUGGUACUGGGGCCCCUGGUGAUCCAGGUCCUCCUGGUUUCCCAGGUUUACAAGGAGAAAAAGGUUUUCCUGGUCCUCCGGGAGAGGCAGGUCCAGCGGGUCAAAACAUUGAAGGACCUCGUGGUGAGAGAGGUCAGAAGGGAGACUUGGGUCAGAAGGGAGACAGGGGUUUGGAAGGAGAGUCUCUUGUUGGACCUCCAGGACAACCAGGGUUACCUGGACCCCCUGGACUACCUGGAACACCAGCUAAACCUACUGACUGUCAGAGCAUUCAGAAAGGAUCUCCUGGCCCACCUGGACCUCAAGGGUUACGGGGGGAAGAGGGACAGAAAGGUGACAGAGGAGAUACAUGUGUUCAGUGUGAAAGUUCUGGCCCACCUGGACUACCUGGCCCCAUCGGCCCUAAAGGAGACCGAGGACCUCCUGGGCCUGUAGGCAGCAAGGGAGACAAAGGUCAAACUGGCACUCCUGGACAACCUGGAAGAACUGGAUCUCAAGGCGAUCCUGGUUUGAUGGGAGCCCCCGGUGCUGUUGGUGAGCCAGGGGACAUUUUCGUAGCUCCUGGUCUGAAGGGCGACAAAGGUCUGCCUGGCCCCACAGGAACACCGGGGCUACCAGGGCUGGAUGGACAGCCAGGGAGAGAAGGCCUCCCAGGUAUACCUGGCCUCAAAGGAGAACCCGCCAAAGAGGGAAUAAAGGGUGAGCGUGGACCAGAUGGAGACCCUGGUUUUACUGGGCCUCAGGGAGAGAGGGGGCCACCUGGCGUGCCAGGCUUUGGUCGACCUGGAGAGCCUGGAGAGAAGGGCAGUGCAGGAAGAGCAGGAAUUCCUGGAGCUCCUGGUGUACCUGGUACAAAAGGUGAGCCGGGUACAGGUGUGAGCAGUCCUGGAGCUAAGGGAGAACCUGGAGUACAAGGAGAAACUGGAAGACCUGGACUUCCAGGUGACAGAGGUCUGGCGGGAGACCCAGGGUUACCAGGUUUCCCUGGACAAAAGGGUGAUCCCGGACAGCCUGGAAUUGGAUUACCCGGCCCAACUGGUCCUAAAGGUAACAGUGGAAUUCCUGGAGCCCCUGGAUUACCAGGAGACCGAGGAAAACCAGGGCCGGACGGCUUGACCGGACAAUCUGGUUCACCUGGACAAAAAGGUGAACCAGGACGGGGUCUUCCAGGGCAAAAAGGUUUGCAGGGCAAUCCAGGAAUUACAGGCUUUCCAGGAGAGAAGGGUGGCAUUGGACUGCCUGGUAUUCCUGGACGAGAAGGCCAUACAGGACCACAAGGGCCUCAGGGAGUCAAAGGUGAGGUGGGAGCCCCAGGACCACCUGGACUGGUUGGCUUGCCAGGUGCACCAGGAAAAGGCUCGCCCGGAGCUCCCGGACCACAAGGACCACCUGGAGAGCCUGGACCAUUCGGUAUUGAAGGUAUAAAAGGAGAAAAGGGCUAUCCAGGUCCUUCUGGUCUGGACAUGCCUGGUCCUCAGGGAGAGACGGGAGCCCCCGGGUUCCCAGGAAUGCCGGGUUACAAAGGACUGCCAGGGCCACCAGGCUUAGCAGGCAGGGAUGGACAGAUUGGAAACCAAGGUCCUAAAGGAGAAAUGGGGGUUAUAGGUACACCAGGAGUACCGGGCUUUCCUGGACCACCUGGUACACCUGGAAAUCCUGGUGCAAGAGGUGAUCCUGGUUUUACUGGAUCAAGAGGUGAUAGUGGAGAGCCUGGACCUAAAGGAGAAAGGGGAGAUCGAGGUCUUCAAGGACCUCCUGGGAACAUGAGCAAAGUUGAGAUGGAGCAUAUGAAAGGGGAUAAGGGAGACAUUGGAGACAGAGGUAACCCUGGGCUCACUGGACAGAAGGGCUUCCGUGGACUUCCUGGAGACCCUGGAAUGCCAGGCAAAGACGGAGAGCCUGGAUCACCUGGACAACCAGGUGAAAAAGGAGACUCCGGUUUCCCUGGAGAACCUGGCAGGAUGGGACAAACUGGACAGAAAGGCAGUGUAGGAGAGAUGGGAAUACCAGGUCCGGUCGGUCCAAAGGGUACUAAAGGAGAUAUUGGUACAGCGGGACAUCCUGGAUUCAGAGGCGAAGAUGGGCAGAAAGGAGACAAGGGUCUGGCUGGUGAGCCAGGUAUUGGGAUCCCAGGACUUCCAGGAGAAAAGGGUCAAACAGGUCAGCCAGGAUUCCCAGGAAUUCCAGGAGAGAAAGGUUUCAGGGGUCAUGAGGGUAUGCCUGGAAAGCCAGGAUUGCAAGGAUCCAAAGGAGACAAAGGAAGCAUCGGGUAUACAGGUCAGCCAGGUAGACCAGGUGAGAAGGGCACCCCUGGGCUGCCAGGGUCUUCAGGAGAACCUGGUCGUGAGGGUCGUCCCGGUGAAGGUGGCUUGCAGGGACCUCCUGGUCCUCCUGGAGAGAAGGGAGAGCCUGGAGUUGACGGCAUCCCUGGAUCCUCAGGAGACAAAGGAGUUCCAGGUAUACCUGGACGAGGUUUCCCUGGGCCACCUGGGGCUCUUGGUGUCAAAGGUGACAAAGGUAGUACUGGUUUCCCUGGAACUCCAGGUCAUCCAGGCAUCCCUGGUUUCAAAGGUGAUAAGGGAUUUCCAGGCUUGCAGGGACCCCAGGGUGAGCCAGGAGAAAGGGGGCACCCGGGUAUCUCUCUCGACGGCCCUAAGGGAGACAAGGGAGAAACAGGACUGCCCGGAGAAGCAGGAGUCACAGGAGAACCAGGACCCGCUGGUGUGCCAGGCAGAACCGGCCUACAGGGAGAAAAAGGAGACCAGGGUAACCCUGGUUUCCAGGGGGAGACUGGACAUAAGGGUGAUCCUGGAAGUUCUGGAUUACCUGGACACCCUGGUCUUCCAGGCAUUGAUGGACAUAAGGGAGAGAGGGGAUUGCAGGGUGUCCCAGGAUUCCCAGGUACAAAGGGUAUUGUUGGGGACAUUGGAGUCAAAGGAGAACUUGGAGACAGAGGAUUCCCAGGAGAAAAGGGCAAUGACGGUCCCCCUGGUCAACCUGGCCCACACACCUUUAUCAAGGGAGACAUCGGGUUCCCAGGGAUUCAAGGUUUACCAGGACCCCAGGGACCAUCUGGGUUCCCUGGACAGAAAGGACAGCUAGGUAUGACCGGUAUUCAAGGGCCAAAAGGCGAAGAUGGCCAGCCUGGAUGGAACGGUCAGCCCGGAGGCAAAGGAGAGCCUGGUCUCCCGGGGCCGCAAGGACCCAGAGGAUACCCUGGCCCCCCAGGACCUGACGGUGUACCAGGUCAAGUGGGUCAACCCGGCCCCUCCUCCAUGGAUCACGGGUUCCUGGUAACCCGUCACAGCCAAUCGGUGGAGGUUCCACUGUGCCCUGAAGGAACCACGCCCAUAUACGACGGCUACUCUUUGCUGUACGUUCAAGGCAACGAACGCUCUCAUGGACAGGACUUAGGUACGGCAGGCAGCUGUCUAAGGAAGUUCAGCCCCAUGCCCUUCCUGUUCUGUAACAUCAACAAUGUGUGCAAUUUUGCCUCCCGUAAUGACUACUCCUACUGGCUCACCUCCCCUGAGCCCAUGCCCAUGAGCAUGGCACCCAUCACUGGUCAAAGCAUCAAACCCUUCAUCAGCAGGUGUGCCGUGUGUGAAGCCCCGGCCAUGGUGAUAGCCAUUCACAGUCAGACCAUCAUGAUCCCACCAUGUCCUCACGGCUGGGACUCUCUAUGGAUUGGCUACUCCUUUGUCAUGCACACCAGCGCUGGUGCUGAGGGUUCGGGCCAGGCUCUGGCCUCUCCUGGUUCCUGCCUGGAGGAGUUCCGCAGCGCUCCAUUCAUCGAGUGUCACGGCCGCGGGACCUGCAACUACUACGCCAACUCCUACAGCUUCUGGCUUGCCACCAUUGAAGACAAUGAGAUGUUUACGAAACCUGUCCCAGCAACACUAAAGGCAGGCAGCCUCCGAACACACAUAAGCCGCUGUCAGGUGUGCAUGAAGAGGACAUAGACCACAACAACAACAACAACAACAACAACAACAACAACAGUCCUCCCUCCUGACCUGCAAAAACCGCAUGCGUUGACGUCCUCGACUUGCCUUUACUUCCUCUUUCCAAAGGAUGGUGCUAUUUCCCUGCAUGUGUGAGAGGAGAGGGACAGAGAUGUGGUUUGCAGAACAACCAGAGAUUGAACAUUACAAACCAGAACACACAGAGACCAAGCGGCCUUUUUUUUUUUUUUUUUUUUUUGCUCCACACAGAACACUUAACUAACAUGAUCACAACGCGUCUCUAAAGAAUUGCACCCAGUUUACCACUGCACUGAGUUCAUGCCGCGAAACUGGUAAACUGGUGUUCAUUUUGGGGUUGUUUGUGUAAGUCAGGUGCUAUUCUUACUUAUCGGCCUUAUUCCAUUUUUGUUUUUCCUUCUUCCUUCUCUUCCACGCCACAGCAUUCGAAGAUAUAGCCACAUAUUAUUUUAGACUUUCACCUUUUUAACUUGUUUAAACGUACUAAUGUAAAGGAUGGGACUGACCACUGGUUACAGACGCUUGUCAUUUGCUAAAAAUCACCAUAAUGCUUCCCGAGACCGAUAUAUAACAAUCACUCUGUUGUAAAUAUAAUGCAUUCCUCUCCAACACAGUUCAACAUACUCUCCUCAGGUUAUUCUUGAAUUACUUUGUGUGUUAUUAAGUCCAUUUUUUUUUUAAUUUAUAAGAUUUAUGAGAAUAUGUUGGACUUGUGUAUCUGAGACUCCAGUGAUCCAAAAAAACAGUGUUUCAACAUCUGACAAUCAGCGCCUUAGUAACAUAAAAAAACAGCACUGAAAUAACAUUGGCUGCGUGUGUGUGUGCGUGUGUGUGAGUGUACAUAUAUGAAUGGAUUUGAGCUGCUUGGAAGUGGUGUGUGUUUGCAUAUACGGUGCAAUGUUGUUGCACAACCACAAAAAAAAAAAUAGACUUUAGCAUCACCUUCCCUACACCUUUACUCCGUCAGAGCCUUGUGUAUAACAGCUGUGUGUUAAAGGAUUUACUCGUCUCACGUUACGUGAACCAAAUGUUUCUUCUGAUCCCAAAGAAAUGCACAUGUAUAUAUACUUACGCAUAAUAUGUACUUGCUAUUUUGCUCAUGUACUUGACUGUUCCCGGUUGUGAAUUACUGUUAUUAUCCCUGUCGAUUCAACGCUAAAUUGAUUUUUCUUUAUCCGAGUCGAACACGGACAGAUGAGGAGGACUGCAUUUACAAGUGUCUAUGCAAGUUGAGAUGCUUUAAAAAGUCUUAACAUAGGUUUAUGUUUUGUUUAUCCUUUAAUAUACAGUAUUUGGACAUAACUUGGUUAGUAGGUGGAAGGUCUUGUGUUACUUUCAAAGCUAUUGAAAGUACACCACACUGAGCGUAACCUGGUUUUGUUUGUGUGUUGUGAUAGACUGCUCCAUGAAGUGUAUAGAGUAUUAGCAGUGUUUGGCAUCAUAAAACAAACUUCAGAUUUCAGUGGGAACAAUCUUAACUAAUUAACAAACAAAAAAGUGUCAACAUUUUCUAUUUUUCCACAUCCCAUACUGUGUAAUUCUUGCAAUAAAGUGAUUUGUAGAAUAUU